AUGUCCGGUAAAGGAUCCUCUGCCGGCAGUAGGAUCAAGGCAGGGUCGUCAUCACUUAUGCCAUCUUCUUCAAAGCCAGAAUUUCCUUUCAAACAGAUAUUGGAAGACCUCUUUCGGGAUGGAAGCUACUCAGACAUGGAAAUAGUCUGCAAUGGCUUCACUUUCAAGGCCCACCGCGCAGUUGUAUGCACGCAGUCUGAAUUUUUCAGCGCAGCUUUCAAGAGUGACUUCAAGGAAGCCAAGUCGAGAACAGUCGAGCUGCCUGACGAUGACUUCGAGACUAUCGAACGGGUUUUGUCAUUUUUAUACCUACAAGAGUACGAUGAAAACGGUCACUUAAUGGCCUUGGACUCCAAAGCAAUUGUGCCGUCUUCCUCGACCGAUGGCUCAAGUGCAAAGGACGAAAAGCGGACGAGAACGACUGAUGCUGGCUUAAAUAACGUCCGGGUUUACGUAGCCGCCGACAAAUUCGGGAUCCCUCUCCUGCAAAGCCUUGCAGCAGAGAAGUUCACCCGCUGGGCCAACAGCAAUUGGGAUUCCACGGAGUUUCUGCGAGACAUUGAAGAGAUAAUGACAAUCACACCUCCCCAUGAUCGCACCCUGCGAGACAUCCUUGCAGACGUUAUAUCGAAGAAUUUGCAAUUGUUUGCCGCUAAUAAGGACUUCCUUGCUCUAAUAGAGAACUUUGGCGGUCUUGGAUCAGCAAUUUUGUUCAAGCUUGUGGACUCAGACCUCGUGAAAGCGCCUGAACCUCAGAAGCUCUUUUCUCCAACGUCAACAUCCUUUGGCAAGACGAAUAGUACCACAACGGGAAACUUCGUUGUGGUACAUGCGGUACACGGAAUUGAUGUGAAGACAAUCCAUUCGUCUAGCGAGUGGCUUAUCGUGAUAGGAUCCGGGUCUGGCAUAUUUCUUCCAAAGAGCUUUUUGUAUUUUCUUGCCAAGAUGUAUGACAUAGUUACACCCUUGUUGCUGUCAAGGCACCUGCCAGCCGAAGAGCCUCAACUCUACAAAUAG